GCCAUACAAAAUCCAAUAGUUUGCCUUGUACCCCUCGCGCGAGUGCAAGUAUGACUUUUGCAUUUGAUUUUUUAUCGUCGUCCGCCAGCUCGUCGUCGUGCUCGUUGUUGCGCCGUAUCACAAGUUUACCCUCGAAGAGCAGCGGUGCAGUCUGGCUCUUGGGAGCAGCGGAUAAACGCCAACGUCGCAAGUCGUCUACCAGAUUCUUCAUUCCCGAGGAAGACGCUGCAGCCGCCGACCUCGAACGAGUCAGCUGCCGCCGCCGUCGCCGCCUCGUCUUCGCCGAAAUGCUGCCAGCCGAGACACCCUCGCCCAGCGGCGGGCCAGCGGCCUCGUCCUCGUGAAUAGGUGUAAAUCAGCCGGACGGAAGAAAAAGCAGCAGCAGCUCUCUCCCUCGCGCGCGCGCGCGCGCGGCCAAAAAUCCGGAGAAAGAGAGAGAGAGAGUGAGAGAGAGAGAGCAAACAACAUAACACACGCAGUGCCGCGAGGUGUUCGUGUUCGUCGCUGUCUGCUGACCGUUCGCGUAUCUGCCCCGGUGAGGAAACUUUCCCCGGGGUGAGCAUCGUCGCCGAGAACUCAGACUCGCGCGUGUUGUGUACAAUAACGCGCCAACGCUUUGUGCACGGGCAGCCGCUAAAAUAAGGGCAGCCGCGGGGGGAGAGGACGAGUACGUCCAGCUACGUCGACCACGAGAGCAGAAAAAGUGAUAGAGAGAGAGGGAGAUAGAGAGAGAGAGAGACUAGCUGAGCAGCAGCGGAAACAGCACAAGAAGCAUUUCCAAUGUAAAUUGAGAUGAAACGUGUUCGCGGGGUGGACGAAAUAGCACCGCCAGCUGCAGCAACGUUAAAAAACACAGGCGGUGGAGGAACUGUGGUAGGCAGCGGAAGUGCUGGUAUAGAAUACCACACUGGUCCGGGUAUAGGAGUGGUUUCUGGUCAAGCAGUGAGAUCUGUUCCUGCCAAAGAGAUGCCAGGUAGCAUACAGUUCUCGCAGACCCAGCAGCAAUAUCCUGGUGCAAUCAUUGUGCCAACAGCAGCACCAUCCCCAGUCAAGGGAGGUGCUACAGUUGGAGGAUUAUCCACAAGUUCAACAUGUGCAGCAAGCAGUAUAACUUCCAGUGUUACCCUGCAUACCACUGGCAUAGGUGGUACAGGAAAUCACAACAUGGGCCCCCAGUCAGCUGUGCCAAGUUCACAGGCACAGACACAUGCGCAAGCACCUUCCACCAUAAGACACAAUAUGGGGCAGGCACCUACACCUCCUGCGCCCAAUUUGAGCGGCGGUACAAGCAGUUCGCAAUUUCAGAGGUUGAAAGUAGAAGAUGCUCUGUCCUAUCUCGAUCAAGUCAAGUACAAAUUUAGUGAUCAACCACAGGUUUACAAUGAUUUUCUUGAUAUUAUGAAGGAAUUCAAGUCCCAAACUAUAGAUACUCCAGGCGUUAUUACAAGGGUUAGCCAUCUAUUUAAGGGACAUCCCGAACUUAUUGUUGGUUUCAACACUUUUUUACCGCCAGGGUACAAAAUUGAAGUACAAGCCAAUGAGCAGGGAUAUGCUUUCCAAGUCUCAGUCAGUAUGCCAAGUCCAACAGCAACACAUACAGCUACCCUCUCUCAGCACCAUUGUACAGUUAAUGUUGGGUCUCCGCCUAUAGCAAGUCCUCCAACACAACCUGCCAAGGCACAAGCAGUACAAAUUAUGCAAGGGUCUGGAAGUAUACAUCACUCUAUUGCAAACAAUAUUUCAAAUAACAAUCUUACUAUUCACGGACCUGCAUCGCCGCCAGUUCCGUCGUAUAACAAUUCCCAUGUCACUACAGCUCAAGCACAGGCAGUGAGUCAAGCUCUGAGCCAAGCACAAGACGGGGUUCCUAGCACUGGCCAGACUCAACAGAAUCAGCCAGUUGAAUUCAAUCAUGCAAUCAACUAUGUCAAUAAGAUUAAGAACCGAUUUCAAGGCCAACCGGAUAAGUACAAGCGUUUUCUCGAAAUCCUGCACACGUAUCAGAAAGAGCAGCGGACCCUCAAGGAGUCGGGCCAUAUGGGCGGAAGCGGAACCGGCGGUGGCUGUCCCGGCAGCGGAAAGCACCUCACGGAAGCUGAAGUCUACAGUCAGGUCGCCAAGCUAUUCGAAAAUCAGGAAGAUCUUCUGUUAGAGUUUGGACAGUUCUUGCCUGACGCGACGAAUCAGCAAAGCGCCCUGUCUGCUAUGUUUCAGAGCAACAAGGUGGGAGCGGUCAAUGACCACGCGGCAAUCGUCAAGAAGCCGAUGAGUCUUAAAACAACUUACAACAACUCUUCAGCUAUACCUCGUGACCACCGCGACUCUCAGGUACCUGGUGGAGGAGCGGGAACUGGUCCGGGUGGAGCUGGAGGUCCAGGUAAUCUAGACCGUGACAGUGGCGGAGGUGGUAGCCGAGGUGGCGGCGGUGGAAGUGGAGGCAGCGAUAGAGAGCGCGAAAGAGAUAGGCCAGGCAUCAGGGAAAUAGGCAAUGCCGGGCAAAAGUUCGGGCAUAGUCAGGGGCAGCUGAAGAGGAGCCCGUCGUUCACCACCUCUAUAUCAACGGGAAAUUCUCAUACGCCGCAUGGUCCACCACCACCUAAAAAGCAUAAAGUCGCCUCUGCCAGAGACCUCUCAAUUGCUGAGGCAGGAAAGCAUGGAUCACUGGCAGAUUAUGCCUUCUUCGAUAAGGUGCGCAAGGCGCUUAAGUCACCGGAAGUGUACGACAACUUUCUUCGAUGCCUGGUCUUGUUCAAUCUCGAGAUAAUAUCUAAGAAUGAACUAGUUCUAUUGGUGAAUCCGUUCCUGUGCCGUUUUCCCGAGCUGCAGCGUUGGUUUAGGGACUUCCUGGGACACUUGCCCGAGGCUGCAGCCAUGUUGACGCAGGCCGCCUGCGGUCCUAAUCAGACUAGUGGUAGCAUCAAUAGUGGUAGUGCAGUAGGAAAUGUCAUUGUUAGUAGUGUUGGAAUUGAAGCGCUACCCAACAACGUAGUUAGAAGCCACCAAGAUAGGCCGCAAGGCGACCUUGCGAUGGAGAUCGAUUAUUCGACUUGUAAGAGACUUGGUGCCUCUUAUUGCGCCUUGCCAAAGUCUUACAUGCAGCCCAAGUGUACCGGCCGAACGCAGCUCUGUAAAGAAGUGCUCAACGACACAUGGGUCUCGUUUCCCACUUGGUCGGAAGACAGCACGUUUGUCUCAUCUAGGAAAACUCAAUUCGAGGAGUUCAUUUAUCGCUGCGAAGACGAGCGAUUUGAAUUGGAUGGCGUGAUAGAGACAAACGCGGCGACAAUCAGAGUGCUCGAGGGCGUGCACAAAAAAAUGAACCGGAUGCCACCGGAAGAGCUUCAGAAGUUCAAACUGGACGACUGUUUGGGUGGAUGCUCACCGACAAUUCACCAGCGAGCUUUGAAGAGGAUAUACGGCGAAAAAGCAACGGAUAUUAUUGAAGGACUUAAAAAGAAUCCCAUGGUUGCGGUGCCGGUCGUUCUACGGAGACUGAAAAGUAAGGAAGAAGAGUGGCGGGAAGCUCAGAAGGGUUUCAACAAGAUCUGGAGGGAGCAGAACGAAAAGUAUUAUCUCAAGUCCUUGGAUCACCAGGGCAUCAAUUUCAAGCAGAAUGAUGUCAAGGCGCUCAGGUCAAAGAGUUUGUUCAAUGAGAUCGAACUUUUAUAUGACGAGAGGCAUGAACAGUCAGAAGAGAACGCAGAGAAUCAAAAUAACACUGGUCCACAUCUGGUCUUAAUUUACAAAGAUAAGUCUGUCUUGGAUGAUGCUGCCAAUCUGUUGAUACACCACGUCAAGCGGCAAACAGCUAUUCACAAAGAGGACAAGCAGCGAAUUAAGGCACUUCUUAAGCAUUUUAUUCCUGAUCUAUUCUUUCACACUCGGCAAGAACUGAGCGACGACGAGCAAGAUGAAGAUAACGAGAAGGAUGAAAUAAAUCCGUCAUCGUGUGGCAACAGCACGCAAACCGGUACGACAACAACUUCAAUCGGCGGAGGACUGCAGGGCAGCAACAGGAAUAAGCCCUCACCCUCGCCAGCUCCGUCUUCCACUACCGUGAAACCUGACCCCGAUGUUAAGCCUCCGGCUCAUGCUCUUUCGACUGAUCCAGAAGAAACAUACACACUUUUUAUGGGAAGCAACAACUGGUACCUCUUCAUGAGGCUGCAUCAAAUACUUUGCGAAAGAUUGACAAAGAUGUAUGACAAGGCAAUGGCUCUUGCAGAAGAAGAAUCUCGGCAGAAGCAGCAGCGAAAGGAGAGCACGGCGGUAGCUUUGAGGUUAAAACCUAAAGGUGAUAUUGAAAUAGAAGACUACUAUCCCGCCUUUCUGGAUAUGAUUAAAAACGUGUUGGACGGCAAUAUGGAAAGCAAUUCUUACGAAGAUACGCUUCGAGAAAUGUUUGGAAUUCAUGCUUACAUUGCUUUCACUCUGGAUAAGGUUGUGACGUAUGCAGUGAGACAGCUUCAACAUUUAGUAUCGGACGCAGUGUGUCAACAAUGCAUGGACUUAUUUCAUCGAGAGCAAAGACAGCCGAAAGAAAAUUGUGGUGCAGGCGGUCUAUGCUCAACAGCUUAUUUGAGGGUCGCCAGCGAAACGGCGUACCAGAGAAAAGCUGAAAAAGCAAUGGCGGAAGAAAAUUGCUUCAAGAUCUACAUUUAUAAGAAAAAUUGUAGAAUGACGAUAGAGUUAUUGGACACUGAGGGUGAGGAGACUGUCGAAGGCAGUUGUAGAGAUCGCGACAGGGAGUCGGUGACAGCGACAGAGAAGUGGUCGUCUUAUGUCGAGAGAUUCUCGUCGUCUGCGACCGGGCAAACAAGCCCGAAGGACGUCCCGGCCUCGUCAGACAAUGAUCCACCAGCCAAUCAUCCUGUGAGUAGCGACCAGGUGGCAAGGGGGGGGAGGGGCAGAAAGCGCAAGAACACUGACAUUAACAAGAAGAUCGAUGGAAAUGGCUGGAGCUCUUUAGGCAAGGUAAUGGCAGGUCGCAAGCGAGUUUACCUUUACCGGAACGUGAGGCAAUACCGUAAGCAGGCGGCCCGCAAGAUGAGGGCCUUCUCCCCCGACGCCGUCAAUUCCGAUAAGAUUCAAGACUCCGAGAGCAAAAAGCCGCGUUUCGAGGUCGGAGCCGAGAUAACCGACGGUUCGGACAUCGUCACCUCGGACGAGAUGCAGUGCACCUUCAACCUCAACAACUUUCGCGCAGUCUACGUGGUCAAUCGAGAGAGUUGUCUGUACAAGAAGGGAUGCUUCAGCCGAGCCAAACAGAGCCAUCCAGAAGUGACCAAGAGCAUGAGUGCCAAGUUUCAGGAGUGGCACUUCAAGUGGGUGAACAAGCACGUGAUCGACGCGCAGCACCGGCUCUGCCAAGACUGGCUGAUGGGCCGCUACGAGAACCUAGUGCCCCAUCGGACGCGCGUGAUCGCCGACAACGAGCUCGGACGCACGCCGUACCGGCCCUACAAUCGCUACUGCAUCGAUCGCCUCCAGACCGAACAGCAGUCCAACAAAGCGGAGCAGGUCCGGCAGGAGUAGCUGCGUUGUGCUUUACUGUGCAAACGAGAUCCGCGUCAGUGAUAGCCGUAGUGUCUAGAAGGACGACCUUGUGUGUGUUGAUCGACAUUAUUGUGCUUUUCAUGAAUCGUCGACGUGUAGCCGCAUCGAUAAUUUAGUUUUAUUUUCCUCUUUGUCGAGUAAGUAAUCGAGCCGAGUCAUGUGAACGUGAUACGAUUUUAUACACUGUAAAUAAAUAGGCAGAAGGGAUCGCCGUCUCGACAUCAUAUGGUUAGUGUAAAAAUAUUUUUCGAAAGAGAUUUAUAUGUAGAUUUUCGCAAUGUGAUUAUUGAUUUAGCUCGGUGCAAGAUACAUAGACGCGAGCAAAAGUAUCUUGCACAACUAAAGGGACGCUUUUUGUGCUAUUUGUCGCCUAGCGAUUAAAUGAUGUGCUUAUUAUAUAUAGUUUUUUUUUAUGAUUAACUAGUAACGAUCCCUGUUGCAUUAAUUUUCUCUUUCGUUCAAACGAUAAGUAAGCGUUUUUGCCUUUGAAGAGUAAUACAAUGGAAGUGUAAAAAUAAAGUUCUUUAUUGUUUCUACCGGAAAAGAGUAAAUUUAAGUAUCAAAGAAACACAGCAUCACCUUGUUUAUAUUACAUAACAUUAGUAGCACAUCGUUACGCUGACUUGUUAAUAUUAAUUGUUCAUUAAACUGAAAUUUUAUACAAAGAUUCUUUUACUAUUUGUGUAUGGUGGUACUACUAAAUGUACACAUUAUAUUUUAUAUUUGAAAAGAGUAACAGAGUUGCGCGUCGCUCUUAAGUUUUCGAAGACUAUUUACAUUAAACUUGGAAAAAAAAUAACACGAUACGAUUAUUAUUUUUAAGUGCUAAAGAAAAAACACGAAAAGCAAAAUGUAAAAGGCCUUCAUUUUUUACCCGAAACUUUAGGCUAUAUAAACUUUCGUUGUAUCAUACACAUGUGUUUGUAAUAAAGUAUAACAUUAUUAUAUAAACGUGACAUUAAAGAUAAAGCGAAAGUUGAUUACGGAGGACCGGAAUACAAGGCAGCAAACUUGAUCAACCCUCUUAUUAUCAUUGUUUUGUAUAAAAUAAGCAUAAAAUAAUAUUAAAUACGAUUCCAUAAUUGUGUACAAAUAUUUCAUAUUUAAAAUUUUUAUGACAACGUGGAAUACCGCGUUUCGCCUACUCGUUUUUCUCUGAGUGGACAUCCUUUUUAUUUUUU